CCUCGCUGCCAGGAUGGGGAAACAGAACAGCAAACUGCGCCCGGAGGUCAUGCAGGAUUUGCUGGAAAGCACAGACUUCACGGAGCACGAGAUCCAGGAGUGGUAUAAAGGCUUCUUGAGAGACUGCCCCAGUGGACACUUGUCAAUGGAAGAGUUUAAGAAAAUUUAUGGGAACUUUUUCCCUUACGGGGAUGCUUCCAAAUUUGCAGAGCAUGUCUUCCGCACCUUCGAUGCCAAUGGCGAUGGGACGAUAGACUUUAGAGAAUUCAUCAUAGCCUUGAGCGUGACAUCGAGGGGGAAGCUGGAGCAGAAGCUGAAAUGGGCCUUCAGCAUGUAUGACCUGGAUGGGAACGGCUACAUCAGCAAGGCGGAAAUGCUAGAGAUCGUGCAGGCGAUCUAUAAGAUGGUUUCCUCUGUAAUGAAAAUGCCUGAAGAUGAGUCAACCCCAGAGAAAAGGACAGAAAAGAUCUUCCGCCAGAUGGACACCAACAGAGAUGGAAAACUGUCCCUGGAGGAGUUCAUCCGUGGGGCCAAGAGCGACCCAUCCAUAGUGCGCCUCCUGCAGUGCGACCCCAGCAGCGCCGGCCAGUUCUGAGCUCCGCACCCCACGGAUUGUAGAGCUGCUGCUUGUGUUUGUUCCC